AGCCCAGGGGAGGGCGGGCGCGGGGCGGCGCCUGGCCCCGGAGGGACGAUGGUGGAGGCUUGGUACAUGGACGGUUCCCCGGAGGACCCGCGGAAGCCGCAUCGCCCACAGCCGCCCCGGCCGGUCAGCCUGGAGCAGCUGAGCCGCAUCGGCGUCUUUUACUGCAAACUGGAUGCUGACAAUUACGAGACCGACCCAGAAUUAGCCAAAAUCCGUAAGGAGAAAAACUAUUCUUGGAUGGAUAUAAUAACGAUAAGCAAAGACAUGCUGCCAAAUUAUGAAGAGAAGAUAAAAACAUUUUAUGAAGAGCACUUACACCUGGAUGAUGAGAUCCGCUACAUCCUGGAAGGAAGUGGAUAUUUUGAUGUUCGCGAUAAAGAUGAUAAGUGGAUCCGGAUUGCUAUGGAGAAGGGCGACAUGAUCACACUUCCUGCUGGCAUCUAUCACCGAUUUACACUGGACGAAUCUAAUUAUGUCAAGGCAAUGAGGCUGUUUGUUGGAGAACCGGUGUGGACUGCUCAUAACAGGCCAGCUGACCACUUUCCCGCUCGAGCCCACUACCAGCGGUUUUUGUCACAAAUGGAACAAUGAACCAGAGGCACGGAACAACAACAUCUGUAACGUUAAAAUGGCAAUGCGGCUAUGUUAAUAGCAUCUGCAGGUGAUAAAUCUUUGAUUUCCCCUCUCUCAAAUAUCAAUUUUUAAUAUCAAAUUUUGUCCUUGGGUGAAUGGAUUUUUACUUACAAUAGUGAUUUAUGUAGUUUGCAGAUCUCAGUUGAAAAUAUAUCAAUCCUUUCUUUCUCCUCUUACAAGCAAUACUUAUCUGAUUCAUUCCUGAAUUAAUCUAAAGCAUUAUUAUGUUGUAAUGCUAAUAAAAUUAUUAUCUUUUAAUAAAAAUUUCCAUCUUUUUAAUUAGUCUUCAGGCUUUUUAAGGAAGCUUGCUGUGGUUUGUGGGUGCUUGUAUCACUUACUUAGGGAUUCGUCUGUGUAAAAUGCAUGUAUAAAUGCUCACACCACAUGCAUGGGUUUGCAAUCACUGUAUAAAUGGAAGAUACCGUAUGCAAGGGGUUGGGAAAAUCCAGGUGUGAAGUGUGAAAUCUGUUUUUAAAUGUCAGUCCUACAAAAAGGUUGGAUAGACGUACCGUGGGUUUAUCAGCUACAACAAAUGAAACACAAUCAGUAAAUCCUGUGGCAUUCAGUCGAACUUGAAUCCAAUAAAUGGCCAAAUUAAAUGUGAUGGAUAUGGCUAUAUUUGCACAUAGAUUAAUUCUUACUUAAACUUGAACUAUAUUUGCUUGAACUAUAUUUACUGAAUUAACCGAGUUGCAGAAAUUUGCCCAACUGGCUGAAUAAAGUAAUUCUUGCCGGCUGUGUUUGUAAAUGAAUCGCCAACAGUGUUUUAACCCAACAUGUGAGCCUGGUUGAUAUGCAAUCAGGACAUCCCAUGUCGUUUUAUAAAAUACGUAACAGGUGCAGGGAAUUCUGAUGCUGCAGGAGAGGAAUCAUGAUAAAAGAUAAUCAAAACAUUAAUUACCUAAAAAUGAAAGUCUGCUCUUAACACUAUGUUCAAUAAAAAGUAAUAUAUUUCCAUUUUCAA